GAAAUGCACACACGUCUAGAGGGAGAGAGUUUUACACAAGAGAGAGAGAGAGUUUUUGAUGAUGGAUGGGAGGGGAGGGUGCUGUAUCGCGCCGUAUGCCGCCGGGGUGUACGAUAUGUCGAAGGUGGACAGGAUAAUGCUGAGAUACCGGCCGAUCGCGCCGAAGCCGGCGGCCGGAGGGUCGGUAAGCGGCGGGUCUUCGCCGGAGAACAGCGAGGCAAACGCGAGCUCCGGUCGGGGCAAGAGGAAGUACGUAAAACAACGUGGCAAAAAAAGUAGCAAUAAAGGGUGUCGUAAAUAUAGUAACAAGAGAAGGAAGUCUUCUUCGGACAAAACUGAAACCGGUCAGAACUCGAGCAGUACUGGCGGGUCGGUCUCCGGCGGAGAUCCGGCGGUGACCCUGCCGUUGUUGCCGGAAACUCCCGAUCGGAGGGAUUCUCCGGCGAGGGGGUCUCCUAGCGAGAGGCACACCAUAUGGUUGAACUUCAGCAACAACGAUAAUAGUAACAGAAAGAUGAACGAUAAUCGCGAGGCGUUUGAUGUUGGACGCGUGUCGAGCUGGUUAGAUCGGACGGUGGUGACGACGCCGCAGCCGACGAGGCUGGUGGGGUCGAUCGUGACGGUGGAAAGCGUGGCGGACACGUGGGUGGACGCGUACGGGCUGGGGUGGAAGGACGAGGAGAGGAUGAGGAGUCUGGAGGAGGACACGUGUCCGGGUUUUGUGUCGGACGGCUACAACCGGGUCGGGUGGACCAACGAGGCGUACAGGGAGAUGGUGGGAGGAGAGGUGGUGGUGUGGCUGGUCAUGAAGGAGAGGGUGCCGAUAACGUACCCGGCGUUCACGUGUAAGGUGAAGGUGCAGUACACGUGCGGGAAGGAGAGGUGUUCUGUGGUGGUGCCGUGCGAUGCGUGGAAGAUGGACGGCGGCGGGUUUGCAUGGAGAUUGGAUGUGAAGGCCGCUUUGAGUCUUGGUCGGUAAGCUGGUUGGAACACCUGAAUUUAAGUUAUCGGGAAAGAAGAGUCUUUAGUCGGUAAAAGCUGAAUACUGAAACCUCCUAAUAGAGCGUUGGUUUUUCUGUCUUUUUUAUGACCAAAAAAAAGAGUGGAAAUUAACCAGCUUAGAAAUGUGCAUAUUGUGUAGGAUGGUUGAGUUCUCUAGGUGUCUCCCGUGUUGCAAUUGUUUAACUGUUUUGUUUCAUCCUCUCUCUCGUUACCGAGCAAAAUUUUCUGUGCCGAAAAUAUGUGUUUCUGUGCCUCCGCCGUUAGAUUUAAAACAUAUAAAAAAAUUACACAACUCACCAGCCGAAAAACUCAUCGGCACAAAUGUACAAGGGUUUUCGUAACAGAGAUCGUGUUUCGAUUAUUGUAUUUGUCACGGUUAAAUCCUGUUGUAUUGUGAUCUUUAUCAGCUUAA